AGGAGCUCAGAGGCGAUGAGAGGGGAGGGCAGACAGCACAAGGGACUGGGUGGGAGCAGGAGGGAUGCGAGGGUGGAAGCAGGAGAAGAAGAAAGACAUAGUGGUGAGGAGAUCAUCUCUCUGAUGCUGAGUCACAUAACCAAGGGACCACAUCCCCAUGAGUCUUUGGGAACAAUGGAGGAGCUUGAACACACUUGCCCCCAUCCUCGGACGACGCUGACCAAGCCUGCCAUCUUCGCCGCAGAGAGCAGCUGCGAUUGCCGCGCCCCUCACGAGAAACUAACUGUCGCUCAGGCCCGCAAAGGAACCCCAGUGGACCGUCCAGUGAGAGUGUAUGCCGAUGGCAUCUUUGACCUCUUCCACUCUGGCCAUGCCCGUGCUCUCAUGCAGGCCAAGAACCUCUUCCCUAACACCUACCUCAUUGUGGGAGUGUGCAGUGAUGAUCUGACCCAUAAGUACAAAGGCUUCACGGUCAUGACAGAGAUAGAACGAUACGAAGCGCUACGACACUGCCGCUACGUCGAUGAGGUACUGAGGGAUGCUCCUUGGACGCUCACACCCAAAUUUCUGGAGGAACACAAGAUCGAUUUUGUGGCUCAUGAUGAUAUCCCAUACUCCUCAGCAGGGAGCGAGGAUGUCUACAAACACAUCAAGGAGGCAGGGAUGUUCGUGCCUACACAACGCACCGAGGGCAUCUCCACGUCAGACAUUAUCACUAGAAUUGUCAGAGACUACGACGUCUACGCCCGACGCAACCUCCAACGUGGCUAUACGGCCAAGGAACUCAACGUCAGCUACAUCAAUGAAAAGAAGUACCGGCUGCAGAACCAAGUGGACCGGAUGAAGGAGAAGGUUCGUAACGUUGAGGAAAAGAGCAAACAUUUUGUUUACCGCGUGGAAGAGAAGAGUCACGACCUCAUUCAGAAGUGGGAAGAGAAAUCCCGCGAGUUUAUCGGUAACUUCCUGGAGCUAUUUGGACCUGAUGGGACAUGGAAGCAGGUGUUUCAGGAGCGCAGCGGCCGAAUGCUGUCCUACGCUAUGUCUCCCAGAGAAUCCCCCUGCAGCACCCCGCCGCGUGAACUGUCUCCCCAGCGCUCACCUUCGCCCCCGUCUCCUCCCGACUGCUGGCACAAUGCACGGCCCUCGCCGCCAACCUCCCCCAAAGGAGCGUUGGCCUCCAUCAGCAGCAUGAGUGAAGGCGACGAGGAUGACGUGGACACUCCCACAAGCUCACGUUACUCACAGAACACUGCCUGACAGCUUGCGCGCGCACACACGCACACACACUUCCCACACACUGGAUGGAUACCAAAACACUUUACCUCAAGGAAAAUACAGAAGCCGUGGGAAUUCUGUGCAGCUGGGUUGUCGGUGUGACCCACGCAGAAUAAGGUGGAUGAUGAAGGUUCACUGUAUAACAGAAAAAUGUGCACUAGUCACAGUAGAUUGCUGAAAGAAACAUUCCCGCAGCCUUGUCAAGCCACAUACUGUUUUGUCUUUUUUUUAGGAGAGCACUGUCUCUUUGGGGGGGCCAUCUUUUUUUAAGUAGGAGUCAUAAUAUAAACAGCGCUAUUAAAACACUUUCAGUACUGUACAUUAUUCAGUUGACAACUAAACCACACUAAGGCUUUUAAAUUGAAAGCGGAAGAUGACAAACCGGAAAUGCAGGGCAAAAAGGGGUGGUGCUGUGAAAUGAAGGUAAAUCCAAUUUUCUGAUUUUGGUCCGUUUUCCUCAAUUGUAAUGGUUCUAUGUGACCAAUGUAUACAUUUCUUGUCUUUUAAUGACAACAAUGACGAAACAUUGUUUGUGUAGUUAAUUGGUAAGGCGUGCUCGGGUACACUGCAUAUAGUACCCGGAUGCUUAGCUAAACUUUCACGCUAACUUUGACUACUGUUUUACUUUGACCAUAAACAACAAUUUAAGCAAUAAUGUGUUGGUGAAACAGCUGUAUAAUGUUAAUAGGGCAAAUUAAACAGUGGGUUUUCACCAAUAGCUGUAUAACGUUAAUAUGACACAUUAAAAAGUGCGGUAUGUUAAUGAACGUAAUAAGAGCUCACCUGUCAAGUGUGUGCAGGAUCGGUGCUUCACACUAGAAAAGGUUCUUUUAAAACCGUAAAACUAAUUCAUAAUACAACUCGCUCAUCAAUAUAAAUGUUUUGUCUUUCAUAAUACUGUAUUACCUUCGACUAAAGUUGACAGAAUACAUAACAUUUAUGUACAGUACUUAACUCGCUGAAGCAGGCUCCGAGGUACGUGAUCACGUGACCGGGAGUUGGCGUCAAUUAGAUAGCAAAGUUACGUCAUCGUAACCCGGAUGUUGGCGUUCAUUAAUUUUAGAUGGGCAAACUUGAUGUUAUGUAUGUUUGAAUGAAGCAGACUGCAAAUAAAUUUUUUUUGGCACUAUUACAUUGGUGACUUUUACAAAAAUAAUAUAAAGAAAUUAAACAGCUUAGCUGUUACGCAUCACGAGACACAUAAUACACGUCUCACUUGUGGCUAUUUUAGGUUUAAAAUCUAGGAAUAAUAUGUCAGAUUAUGUCGUCUAAAACAGUGGUCUUCAACCACCGGGCCGCGGUCCGUGGAUCGAUUGGUACCGGGCCGCACAAGAAAUUAAAAAAUAA